AAAUCCGACUUUGCUGAACAUGGCGGCUGCUGUGGAGGUGGAGUUUAUUUGAACGUCACAUUCAUUUCAUCCAAUCCACGGUCUGAUAUCCUUCCCGCGCUCUGUUCUCGACCGAUCAGCGCUUCCCGCUCUGCGCUCUGGACCAAUCAGAGCUGCCGUUGCUCCGCCGCUCUCCAUAUAAGCUCGCUGUUGCCGCUCAGCCUCCACUUGUAGUCUACUGUUGGAGCAGAGAAGACAGAGGAAGCAGAAUGGCCAGAACCAAGCAGACCGCCCGAAAAUCCACCGGAGGAAAAGCCCCCAGGAAGCAGUUGGCCACCAAGGCUGCCCGCAAGAGCGCCCCGGCCACCGGCGGCGUCAAGAAGCCUCACCGUUACCGUCCCGGUACCGUGGCUCUGAGAGAGAUCCGUCGCUACCAGAAAUCCACGGAGCUGCUGAUCCGCAAGCUGCCCUUCCAGCGCCUCGUCAGAGAGAUCGCUCAGGACUUCAAAACCGACCUGCGCUUCCAGAGCUCCGCUGUCAUGGCUCUGCAGGAGGCCAGCGAGGCUUACCUGGUCGGUCUCUUCGAGGACACCAACCUGUGCGCCAUCCACGCCAAGAGGGUCACCAUCAUGCCCAAAGACAUCCAGCUGGCCCGCCGCAUCCGUGGAGAGAGAGCUUAGACCCACCACCCUCCCCUGACCCAAAACACCACGGCUCUUUUAAGAGCCACACCUGUUC